AUGAGAUAAAAAGGGCUAAAUAAAUUAGAAUAUCAUGGAGAAUUAGUAAAUGAUGAAAUGCAUGAAAAGGGUAAAUAUAAAUGGGCUGAUGGAAAUUAUUAUUAUGGAGAUUGGGUGGAGACUUUGAUUUGGGGAAAAUAGAUUUUACUAGUGGACAAAUAUAAUAUGGUAAAUGGCAAUUUGAUAAAUUUCAAUAAUCAAAAUUUUUAAUAAUAAUAAAGCAAUCAUCUUAUUUUCAAAACUAAAAGCUGUUUUACAUGA